GCAUGUCGCACCAUAUCGACGUCAUUAGCUGCCUGCAUAGUUUUUUGUGGUAGCUAACGUUAACUAGAACUUGAUUGUUGUUAGCUUUCAACCAGCUAGCACGUUCCCUAUUAUUCUAGUUGAGCUAGAUCAACAUGAGUUUAGCAUUUAGCAAAGAGCCCCGUAAAACGGCGGGGAGCCGCUUGUCUAAGUUGUUAGAUGCUGAAGAAGAAGAUGAAUUCUACAAGACCACAUACGGCGGAUUCAACGACGAAUCAGGAGAUGAUGAGUACAGAGGGGAGCACUCGGACACAGAGGACGAGGUCGACAGUGACUUUGACAUAGAUGAGGGUGACGAGCCUGAUAGUGACCAGGAGGAGGAUGCUCCUCGCAGGAAGAGUCGAGUUGUCACCAAAGCUUAUAAGGAACCUCUGAAGGUGACCAAGCCUAAACCAAAGAGGCCCUCAGAGGAGCUGAAGAAGACAGAGAAAGCCAAAAUGGAGAGGAGGGCGCCACAGGAGUUUCAGGAGUUUGGAGAGACUCGGAAGUCUGUGCGCCAGUCGACCAGCGAGCAUACGCGGAAGACCAACCUGCGACUGCAAGAAAGACAGGAUGCCCCACGACGGCGGAGGGGAGCCCACCACGACCGACCCCUGACCCAGGAAGAGUUGCUGGCUGAGGCCAAAAUAACUGCUGAGGUCAACCUCCGAUCCCUAGAGAACUACGAGCGUCUUGAGGCUGACAAGAAAAAACAGGUCCAUAAGAAGCGGCGAUUUGAGGGCCCCACCAUCCGCUACCACUCUGUCCUCAUGCCCCUGGUGCCCCACUCCAUCUUAAAAGAGGAAAAUGUGGAUGUGGAAGGGUUAGACCAGGACACACCGCUGCUCGUUGCUCCUGUGGCACCAAGUCCAAUGCCUUCGCAGCAACCCUUGGGAGGUCUUUGCUCCCGCACUUACAUCACCUUUAGCGACGAGGAGGCCUUUGAGGCUGCCUUCCCCCAGGCUGUGCGGACCGGCUCCCAGCCCCCCACCCAGGAAGUCUGUCCUGUCACCCACAAGGCUGCAUUAUACAGAGACCCAGUUACAGACAUCCCCUAUGCCAACACACGAGCCUUUCGCAUUAUUCGCGAAGCCUACCGCAAAUAUGUGGCAGCUCAUGGAUUCCCCAACUCUGCUGGGGGUUUCUCUGUGGUUGAUGCCUCAGGUUCCAGGAGUGCACGCCAGAAAAUGGUCAAGCAGAGCACAGUUGCAAGGUAGAGGCUUAUAUGAUCUCAGAAGUCAUUUAUAGAAGUCUGUCCUCCUUUGAUUUAGAGCCCCUCAUCUGUUCAAAGAUUUAAAUCUACAGUCUGGGAUUCAUCUUUCAGUGAAAUGGCAGCCCCAGUACUUGUUUUGGUGUACAGCUGAAGCAUAGGGCUAUGGAAAUUCUUGUUUGUAAACAUUGGAGUAAUAGUAUUUACAUUUGGGAUAGAGCGGGGCUUUCCAACCCUGUUCCUGGAGAGCUACUGUCCUGUAGGUAUGUGAAUAAAAUGUUGAAUAAAUUUCCUUUAACAUC